AUGGUGUUCUUCAAGAGCAGUGUUUCUCUGCUUUCGAAGCUUCGGUCUCAAUCCUUCCGGCAGAAUAAUCUAUGUAAUUCCGUUCGCUGGCUUCAAAUUCAGACCUCUUCUCCUGAUUUGGAUUUGCAUUCUCAGCUGAAGGAACUGAUUCCAGAGCAACAGGAUCGCCUGAAAAAGCUCAAGUCAGAAUAUGGAAAAGUUCAGCUGGGAAACAUUACCGUGGAUAUGGUACUUGGCGGAAUGAGAGGAAUGACCGGAUUGCUUUGGGAAACUUCAUUACUUGAUCCAGAUGAGGGAAUCCGCUUCCGUGGUUUGUCAAUACCUGAAUGUCAAAAAGUGUUACCCGCUGCAAAGCCUGGUGGGGAACCAUUACCAGAGGGCCUCCUCUGGCUUCUCUUGACAGGAAAGGUGCCCACAAAAGAGCAAGUUGACUCAUUAUCUAAGGAGCUGAGAAGCCGUGCGACUGUCCCAGAUCAUGUAUUUAAGACUAUCGAUGCCUUACCUGUUAGUGCUCAUCCAAUGACCCAAUUUACGACUGGUGUUAUGGCUCUUCAGGUUCAAAGUGAGUUCCAGAAAGCAUAUGAAAAGGGAAUACACAAAUCAAAGUACUGGGAACCAGCUUAUGAGGACUCUCUUAGCUUGAUUGCACAGCUUCCGGUUGUUGCUUCUUACAUCUAUCGCAGGAUAUACAAGAAUGGUCAAAUUAUACCUAUGGAUGAUUCAUUGGAUUAUGGUGGAAACUUUGCUCACAUGCUUGGCUUUGGAAGCCCUGAAAUGAAAGAGCUUAUGAGGCUUUAUGUUACCAUUCAUACUGAUCAUGAAGGUGGAAAUGUUAGUGCUCACACUGGUCAUCUGGUCGGCAGUGCCCUUUCAGACCCAUAUCUCUCAUUUGCUGCGGCAUUAAAUGGUUUAGCUGGACCUCUCCAUGGUUUGGCAAAUCAGGAAGUUUUGCUCUGGAUUAAAUCUGUGGUGGAGGAAUGUGGGGAAAACAUUACCAAAGAACAAUUGAAAGACUAUGUUUGGAAGACACUGAACAGUGGAAAGGUUGUUCCUGGAUUUGGACAUGGAGUUUUGCGUAAAACAGAUCCAAGAUACACAUGUCAGAGAGAAUUUGCAUUGAAACACUUGCCUGAUGAUCCACUUUUCCAAUUGGUUUCAAAGCUUUAUGAGGUGGUCCCUCCAGUCCUGACAGAACUUGGCAAGGUUAAAAACCCAUGGCCGAAUGUUGAUGCCCACAGUGGUGUAUUGCUGAACCAUUAUGGUUUGACGGAAGCUAGGUAUUACACAGUUCUCUUCGGAGUAUCAAGGGCCAUCGGCAUUUGCUCUCAGCUAAUAUGGGAUCGUGCUCUUGGAUUGCCACUCGAGAGACCAAAGAGUGUAACCAUGGAUUGGCUCGAAAAUUACUGCAAGAAAGCAGCAGCUCAAAACUGA